CACUCCCACAGCAGCUGUUGCUGGGGCAGGACGCCCAAUGUCCCAGUCUUGCUGAAGUCUGCUCGAAAUGUCCCUGGUGAGCUUCUGGCCCCUGGGGAAGUUCAGGGGGCAGGUCUGGAGAAGGGGAAGUAGGAAGGGAUGUGAAACUUGGCCACAGCCUGGCGCCACUCCUGCUGGGCAGCCCACAGGGUCCCUGGGCGGAGGGCAGGAGCAUCCAGUUGGAGUUGACAACAGGAGGCAGGUGAGGCCAGAGUCCCAGAGGGAGGGGGCUGCGGAGUUCUGGGACCCAGGGGAGCUGGCCCAGGAGGCUGGGCAGCUGAGGCAGGGAGGGAGGGAAAUAACUGUGCCUGAUUCUAGGACAGGGAUGGGGGUGCAGCACUGAUCCAGGACCCAGAAUGGAGGCAUCAUGGAGGGUCCCCGGGGAUGGCUGGUGGUCUGUGUGCUGGCCAUAUCGCUGGCCUCUAUGGUGACCGAGGACUUGUGCCGAGCACCAGACGGGAAGAAAGGGGAGGCAGGAAGACCCGGCAGACCGGGGCGGCCAGGCCUCAAGGGGGAGCAAGGGGAGCCGGGGACCCCUGGCAUCCGGACAGGCAUCCAAGGCCUUAAAGGUGACCAGGGGGAACCCGGGCCCUCUGGAAACCCCGGCAAGGUGGGCUACCCAGGGCCCAGCGGCCCCCUCGGGGCCCGUGGCAUCCCGGGAAUUAAAGGCACCAAGGGCAGCCCAGGAAACAUCAAGGACCAGCCGAGGCCAGCCUUCUCGGCCAUUCGGCGGAACCCCCCAAUGGGGGGCAACGUGGUCAUCUUCGACACGGUCAUAACCAACCAGGAAGAACCGUACCAGAACCACUCGGGCCGAUUCGUCUGCACUGUACCCGGCUACUACUACUUCACCUUCCAGGUGCUGUCCCAGUGGGAAAUCUGCCUGUCCAUCGUCUCCUCCUCAAGGGGCCAGGUCCGACGCUCCCUGGGCUUCUGUGACACCACCAACAAGGGGCUCUUCCAGGUGGUGUCAGGGGGCAUGGUGCUUCAGCUGCAGCAGGGUGACCAGGUCUGGGUUGAAAAAGACCCCAAAAAGGGUCACAUUUACCAGGGCUCUGAGGCCGACAGCGUCUUCAGCGGCUUCCUCAUCUUCCCAUCUGCCUGAGCCAGGGAAGGACCCCCUCCCCCACCCACCUCUCUGGCUUCCAUGCUCCGCCUGUAAAAUGGGGGCGCUAUUGCUUCAGCUGCUGAAGGGAGGGGGCUGGCUCUGAGAGCCCCAGGACUGGCUGCCCCGUGACACAUGCUCUAAGAAGCUCAUUUCUUAGACCUCUUCCUGGAAUAAACAUUUGUGUCUGUGUCUGCUGAA